AUGGAUGGAAUGUACUCUUUGUUAUCCAAGUGUCGAUGUAUACAACAUUUGAAUCUUAAGUACGCUCGUUUUCUGAAUGAUCAACAUGUUGCCGAGUUGUCUUUGUUUCUUGCUGGUUUGAAGUCCAUUAACCUUAGUUCUUGCAACCAUCUCACAGAAUCAGCUUUGUUUUCACUUGUUAGAAGUUGUCCUUUACUUAGUGAUAUCAAAAUGGAGCGCACAAAUAUCGGGAAGGAGAGUGCAGUGAGUUCUAAUUCUUUGAGGGAUUUCGUUGUUGUAAACCCUCAAUUGAAGUCUCUUUGUUUGGCUCGCUGUGAGCACUUGAAAGAUGAAAACAUCAUAUUGUUUGCUUCUAUUUUCCCCACUUUGGAGCUGCUUGAUUUGAGGUUUUCCGAUCAAAUAUCUGAAGAAUUAUCCUUGUUUUCACUUGUUAAAAACUGUCCUUCACUUAGUGAGAUCAAAAUGGAAGACACAGAUAUUGGGAAAGAGAAUGUAGAGAAUAAUGAUUCUAUGAUGGAUAUUGGUAUAUACCCUCAAUUAAAGUCUCUCUAUUUAGGUGACAAUUUAUGGUUAAGUGUUCAAAAAAUCAUAAUGUUUGCUUCUUCUAUCCCCAGUUUGCAGCUACUUGAUUUGAAUGAUUGUGAUUUAUCUGAUGGUAUUUGGCAAUUUGUAAGAAGAUUUGAUAUGAUUACACAUUUGAACUUAGCCAGUUGUACAGAUGUGAACAAAUUUAAAAUGAACUUUGUACUUCCCAAGCUACAGGUGUUGGACUUGGCAGAUACAGGUGUUGAUGAUGAAACAGUCUAUGCGAUCUCAAAGAGUUGUCCUGGGCUUUUGGAACUAUUAUUGAAAUAUUGUUAUUAUGUCACAGAGAAAGGAGUGAAACAUGUGGUAGAAAACUGCAAACAACUGAGAAAGAUUGAAUUCUCAGAUUUUUAUGUUCAUGAUACUAUUAGGGAACUCGCCAUGGAUGCCUUAUUUGCUAGUGUUCUGAAAUUUCUAUGA